UCAUGCUGCUGCCAGGUCCAGAGUCUGUCAUGGGUCCCUGUACGGCCUCCCAUUGCUGCUGUCUCCAUCGCCACACUCUGCCAUGUGCCACUUUCAGGUCUCCUCACACUGCUGUGUGUGUUCCAUUUUUUUGACAUAGGGUGCUGGCAGAUUACGGGCCUCCCAUAGCUGCUGCCAGGCCCCUAAUCUGCCAUGGGCCCCUAUAACCGCCUCCUCAUGCUGCUGCCAGGUCCAGAGUCUGUCAUGGGUCCCUGUACGGCCUCCCAUUGCUGCUGUCUCCAUCGCCACAUACACUCUGCCAUGUGCCACUUUCAGGUCUCCUCACACUGCUGGUGUGUUCCAUUUUUUGUC